AUGGCUUUGACCAUGGGGUCACACGCAAGAUACAAGCGCGAUACAUCAAUCUUCUUGACGUGGCUCAAUUGCGAGUCGUCAAAGAUUGGAGGACUUAUCAUCAUCGGGCGCGAUCCCACUACCACCGAAAUAACUAACCAAGCAACGACAGUCGCAGCUGCUGGCACGCAGGGCGAGUGUGUACCAGCGUGGUCGCAGAAUGCACUUCGACGGGCAGUCCUAGGCAGACGCCGGUGCGGGAUUUGGUAUCAAGCUGUCUGCCCAGACAUGGUAGAAGCCAAUGCUACCCAUAAGUACUACACUGGAAUACUGGAGAGCUGCCAAGCGACCCUGAAGAUACUGGCAACCUCUGGUGCCACGAUACAGAAUUCGAUGGCGGAGAUGGCGCAUAGCUCUCCGUCAGCAGAGAUCGAAAACAUGUUCCUGGGUUUGACGUUGGAAGAACCUACGGAAUUACAAGACGAGCAGGACACCAUCCAUGGGCCUGAAGACCUUGCCAUACCCAAGGAAUACCAUAUCAAUGAUAUUGGCUCUGUCGACCAGAAACGCGAGACCAUCUUCCUUGUCUUCUCAUUCUUCGAAGACAUACACCGCUCUAUGCAGACGGUAAAAGCGCUCUGGACGGAGACACACCAGGACAAGGCAGCAUACAUCACUGCUUUGAUGCAAACGACCGAAGUUCUCUACGCAAUUCGGAGACAAGAGUUGGACGUCCACAGUAUCUAUACCCGCCACUUCCCCACGAAGGGUAGACCGUUUGAGGAGCUUGCAGCGGCAUUGGUAAAGUCAGACGCUCCCUUAGACGCAGACAGCCGUACACGCCCACAGGGGAUGGGACUUCCGCCCAUCCAGAAAUUUGCACUUCUCCCUCUCGGAGAGAUCUUGGGACGGUUGUGCCAGACCAAGCAGCUUGGCAACAUGUUUGGCUGGCCUCCGCCCAUACUUCCGAUGCGCGCAUACAACGCUCACCAGCCUGCCAUACUGGAUACACCCGACUUCAUCGAACUGGAGAAGUCCGCCGACUUCCUUGGGAAGCUCGUUCUUGAUAUGAUCUUGGCUGAUCGUGUUGAUUUAGAGGUAAAACUUGGUAAUCCGAUUGCCAAGGAUGUCUUUUCGAGCGCGCUGCGAACGAUCUGGGCCGACGGGACCGUCACUGUCGAAAGCGUCGUGGCAGCUCAGCUGCUUCUGCACCUACGAGAACUUCAAUUAGACGAUAUGCCUAGUGACAAAGGCUUCGCUGAUUACGAAUCUGCCUUGGACUUAGUGAAGCAAGGGGACAGCACAGGACACCACCCCUUAAUACCGCGCCUGAAGAUGGCGGUGCAAGACAGCACCUUGGUAACGGUGAAGACACAAGUCAUGAAGGAAGGGAGGGGCUAUCCAGCCCACAGCAGUCAGGAAGCUGAACUAAGAAAGACGUUCAAGGACGGAAAAGUCCCGGCAUGGAUGUUGAAGAAGCUGACCGGUUUUGACGCGGACGUACGUCUCAUCUUACCAAACCCGGACCCGUGCUUCUUGUUUAGACACAACCCCCUGCUGGGAGCAGUCCUGGCCCUCGAUGGCUUCACCGCCAGGGUAAUCGUGGGUAUCGACACCGCUAAUCAGCGGAUGACCGUCUUUGCGGUCGCCCAUAUAUACAACCUCCUCCGCCAGCAAGACCCCAAAUUUAUGCCAUGGGAGUCAAUGGACAGAGUGCUAAAGCUGCACGCGAGGGAGCUGUUCGCCUCUGCUGUACCUGAGGAUGCUAAGACCGCAUACGAGAGAUUCUCCUUUCAGACAGGAUUAGCAUCUUCGACGGUCAAGAUCACGAGUAAGCGCCAGUCGUGGCUGUUGAAGCCGACGCCUGCUGUGCAGAUUAUGCGCCAGUACGCCGACGGCAGUGAUUCACUGGAAGUAUUCCAGCGCAAGUUGUCUAUACAACUGGCCGCUUCAGUUCUCAAGAGACAGCCGAAGGUGGCCUCUGGGAAGAAGGAGGACACGACCCUGAAGGCUUGGCUGGAUAUGAUGAAGGAUUAUAUCACCGCUUCAGUCCAAGAGGCCGACUUGGACUACUUCGCGCUCAUUGGCCAUUGCGACCGUAUCGUGGUGGAACUUGAGAAGGAGCUCGAGCAGCAACUUGGCAGGUCUUAUCCCGGGCCUCCUGCUUCGUCCCCUGAUCACAGAUAUGGGUUCAUGAUCAUGAUCCUGGGUAUUCUCAAAGACGCGAAAGAGCACGAACGCCCCGAUCGCACGUCUGAGAAAGGCAAAUUGCUGCAGGGACUGCUAGUUGCGCAGGAUGUUAUACGAGCAUCUGUGACUGGAGUAUGA